ACCAUUGAGGGAGUUAGUUUCGUCAUUGAGACUGGAUCGACUGGGCGUCGGACGAGCAGCUGGAGCAGGGCGAGGCUAUUGCUUAAAGGAGCAAAAAGAAAGAGAAAACGUCGAUCAGUAACGAUCAGUAACGCUCAACAGCAUCAGCGUAGCGUGGCACAGCGCAAUAGUAAUAAAAAGAAUAUCAGUUGUAUUAUCAUCAGUCAUCAUGGGCAAACGGAAUAGCGAGGAUUUGGAUCAGGAUGUACAGGAGCGGAUGCUUAAGGAGGACAGCACCGCGAAGAUCGCGACUGAGAAGGAUGAGAAGACCACCGAGGUGAAAUUUAUCUCGGAGAAUGGCGACGCCAAAAUCGAUAUUGAGAUCGUGAAGACAGUGUUCUCUGGAAUGGGAAAAGAAGAAUUGAUGAAAUUUGCAAACGAUCCGUUCUGGGUCAGAUUGAGAUGGGCCUUGUUCAUUUUCUUUUGGUUGAUAUGGGCAGCUAUGUUAGCUGGUGCCAUAGCCAUCAUUGUAAUGGCGCCAAAGUGUUCUGCUCCCGAACCGAAAAAACUGUGGGAGGAGAGCGCAAUUGUUGAGCUAGAUGUCUCAGAUGUUUUUAACAAUGACUUGACAGAAUUGGAACAUACACUGAACGAUUUGAAAAACCAACAUAUUAGAGCUAUUUCUCUCUCAUCUCUGGUGAAGGAAAGCGCAAAGGGAGAGGUCAUAGAUUUUAAAGCCAUCAAACCAGAAUUAGGAAACAUCAGCGAUUUGGGAAAUCUUAUUAAGAUAGCAAAGGAAAAAGAUCAACAAAUCUUCUUGGAGUUAGAUCCUAACCAUUCCUCCGUUGAUCAUCCGUGGUUUAAACAAUCUGUAAAAAGGCAGGAUCCAUUCACGUCCUAUUAUGUCUGGGCUGAUGGAAUAACUAGCUCUAACAGCGGAAAAGAAAGACGCCCUCCGAAUAAUUGGUUAAGUAUAUAUGGUGAAUCCGCAUGGGAAUGGAAUGAACAAAGGGGCCAAUAUUAUCUUCAUCAAUUUAAUAAAUCGCAACCUGACUUGAAUUAUAACAAUCCAGCAGUGGUGGCAGAAUUUGGAGAUAUCUUUACUCAUUGGCUUAAAUUAGGCAUUAGUGGUUUUCGUUUGGCAAACACGCAAUAUUUAACGGAAGAUCCGGAUCUGCAUGACGAAUUCAGAAGUAUUCUUCCUGUUGAACCGAACAAUUACCAAUCCCUGGUACACAUUUAUACACGCGAUCGUUCAGAAAACGCUGCAAUAUUGUCAAAAUGGCAAGAGAUCGUUCGUAAUGAAACCGCUGGCAAAGGAUUAUUUGCGUUGCAAGAUGAUAUCCGUGCAGAUAUUUUGCAAGUUUAUAACGAUAAGACAACGAUUGAUCUACCGCAGAGUUCACAUUUUCUCACUACUGCCAAUGCGAGCAUAAACGCGACGGAUCUGCGUAAGAGCAUAUUACAAUGGCUUGCGGUUACAUCAUGGCCUGCGUGGAACGUGAAUGGCAAACAGCUUUCCUUGAGGCAACGCAUGCCUAAAGAAGUCGCCGAUAGUAUCGUGUUAAUGACCAUGUUAUUACCGGGUACACCAAUUCUUCGAAUGGAUGAUGUCAUGUCCGCGAAGGAUGCUUUUGCAACUUUGUCAAGUGCCCGAAGUGGUCUAACGUUCCUCCACGGACAUAUGACGCUCAGAAUAGUAAACGGGACAGUCUUCGUAUAUACGAGAAGUUGGCUAAAAAGCGGCAAUCCUGGAUAUCUCGUAGCGUAUCAGACUGGGGAAGAACAAGCCAUUAUAGAUUUAUCCGGAAUACCGCGGAUAUCGGAGGAAGUCAGCGUAGUUGCGCAUAGUCCCAACUACAUUCAAAAUACGAAAGUUAUGAAGAUGAAACUGCCGUCGGAUGCUAUACCCAUAUCGCCAAAAAGCACAUUGGUUUUAACAUUUGUACCGAAAGAAGAAUCAUAAUCAAUCCAAUUUAAUUAAAUCAAU